AACUACAACAUUAUGGACUUCUACUAUAUGCCAGGCAGCAGCGGCUGCCGCGCUGUCAUCAUGGUGGCCAAGGCCCUGGGACUGGAGCUCAACAAAAAGCUUCUGAACACCAUGGAGGGCGAACAGCUGAAGCCGGAGUUCGUGAAGCUCAAUCCUCAGCACACAAUACCCACCCUGGUGGACAAUGGGUUCUCCAUCUGGGAGUCCCGCGCCAUCGCCGUCUAUUUGGUGGAGAAGUACGGCAAGGACGACUCCCUGUUCCCCAAGAAUCCCAAGGAGCAGGCCGUGAUCAAUCAGCGUCUUUACUUUGACAUGGGCACCCUGUAUGCUGCUUUCAUCAAGUACUAUUACCCCCUCUUCCAAACUGGUAAACCCGGUUCCGCCGAAGAUUUCAAGAAGAUCGAGACUGCCUUUGACCUGCUAGAGACAUUCCUGACGGCCCAGGACUAUGUAGCCGGUGGUCAACUUACCAUUGCCGACAUUGCCAUUCUGGCUACUGUGUCCACCUAUGAGAUCGUGGAGUUUGAUAUUGCCAAGUACCCGAAUGUGGCCAGGUGGUAUGCCAAUGCCAAGAAGGUCACUCCCGGCUGGGACGAGAACUGGGAGGGCCUGAUGCAGAUGAAGGCCUUCUUCGAGCCUCGCUUGGCGGCAGCGGAAGGAAAGUAA